AUGAAGAUCGCCACGACUUUGUUCAUCUUCGUAGUUGUUGGAUGCACGUGGCGGGAGACACUAGGGACAUGCGUGUUUCAGUCGGACUUUGGUUUCGUGCUUAACUGCGCCUUCAAAAAGUCUGGCCUUUUUCGAGUACGAAAUCUUGGAGGUGUCAAAGGUUACGUCGGCCUGGGAUUUUCCGUGGGUGACGAACUGGGAUUUGCACAAUCCCUGUCCAAUUUAGAGGCAAACAAACGGAGAAGCGUGCAGACUGGUAGAGGAGGUGUACCAUCCUACACUAAUACGGCUACCAACCGAGACGAAGUUAGGCAACACGCGCAGAAUACUCGACAAGUGGUGCCUCCUUUUAAACCUCUACCACCUGGAGCAGCACGACCAAUAGCUCAGCAACCGGAACGUCAAAAAUUGGUGGUGCAACAAAAUUCCACGGUUCUUAGAACCGUUCCGGCACCCUCUUUGUCAGGAACGCAGCAGGAUUUGGUGAGACAACAGCAAUUGAUUCAACAGGAAGCGAAGCAGAAGCAACAACUGAAGCUGCAACAGGAAGCAUUCGCAUUGCAAGUGCUGAAGCAACAGAGGCUACAACAACAGGAGGCUAUGAGACAGCAACAGUUGCAGAAGCUUCAGCAGCAGCAACAAAAACAACAACAAAUGGUCGUGCAGCAGCAGAAGAGGCAUCAACAGAUAGUUCCGAUGCAAGUGAAAAGAGAUCAGACGCCACAGAUGAUCGCAGUUGCAGCUUCAAUACCAGGAAAAUUACCUAACAUCGUAGCUGCAAUCCCACCAGUUGGUAGCAUCAUAGAACCAGACCCUUCAUCGAAAUCAGGGUCUCCAAGUGACAGCUUACCACCCUUCAUUUCAAUGCCACAGUCAUUGUCACAGUUGACAGAUCGAAUUAGCAAUAGCCCUGUUAUUUUGGAGGAUUCUGAUAACGAGGUGUCAAAAGAUGACUUCAAUCAGUUACCUUUACCUGGGGAUGAAGUUGCUUCAUCUGUCAACGAGAUGACUUUAUUGUCCCUCCACCCAAUGUCAGCUGAACCGAGUCAGUCACAACAACAAACCGAGAAACGACAAUCUUUGCCAUCGUCCUUGCCAUCUUUAGCGCCCAUUCAGGGUAUGGAGACAUCGUUGAAAGCUUUGGCAGAAGCUAGCAACAUCACUCUGGAAGCUUUAGAAGCAGCUAUCCUUCUCAGACAGCAGCAACUGUUAAGGAAACAGCAAGGACCAACCAGUACAAGCACGACAACCACGACUACAAUGUCUCCACACAAAAACAAAUAUAAUCCUGGGGCCACCAAAGUAAUGAAUGCACCUCGAGAAUAUUAUCCAAUGGGCUACGACAAGAAUUUCGACGACAAUUUCGCCAGUCGCGUGGAUCUUCCGGAUACAAGCUUUUAUUGCGGCGACCAAAAGCAUUUCCCAGGUCUUUACGCCGACGAGGAUCUCGGCUGCAUGGUAUUCCAUGUUUGUGCACUGACAGACGAUGGGCUGAUCAUGAAGAGCUUCCUCUGUCCAGAGUCCACCUUGUUUGAUCAAACGAUCCUCAAAUGCAACUGGUGGUUUUACGUGGACUGUAAAGCCUCCAAGAGCUUAUAUGACAGUAACAUUCCAAUCAGCAAGAGUUAUCAGCUGAUGAAAGCUCUGGCUUUUUUCUCAGCGUACAAAAACCACGAUAAUAGUACAACUGCUCAAGAAAACUCAGAGACCUUGGAAUAG